AUCUUGACUGUGGAAUGAUCGUAGUUGACGAAAGUAGGUCACGCCGGUUUGGUAUGUGCACGAGGUUUGGCAGCUGACAGUUGUGUAACGUUGUGACGUAAUCCUACGAUGUAUGUAACUUUAUUGUCGGGAACAUGGCUUGAGUCGUCAACAUAAGAGAUACCAGACCAUAAGGACCUGAAGCAAGGUCCUGGACCCAAAAAGCCACCAAGAUGUCGUCAUCAGCUGUGUUUGACAACUUGUACCCAGCGAUUAUCCAGUGUUUUGCCAUCAUCUUCGCUGGAUAUCUGUUCGGACGACUUGGAAUCAUCACAACGUCCACCGCUAAAGGGUUGGAGAGUUACAUCUCCUACCUCGCCCUCCCUGCCCUUCUCUUCCAGGCCAUGUGUACGCUCAAGUUUGAGGUCGUCAACUGGUGGUUCCUCCUGGCCAUCGCCAUUGCCAAGUCUUCAGUGUUCCUGCUGGUGGCUGUGUUCACGCUGGUGCUAGGGAGGAACUUUGGGAAAGCUGGAUUGUUCGCGAUCUUUGCCACUCAGAGUAACGACUUUGCCUUAGGAUAUCCCAUCGUAAAAGCCAUCUAUGGUGCCAGUCGACCAGAAUUGCUGAGUUACAUCUACCUGCUGGCUCCCAUCUCUGUAGCCAUCCUGAACCCCCUGGGCUUCACACUCAUGGAGGUACAGAAGAACAUCGACUCCACAGAGGCUCGGAGCAGGUGCAGGAGUGUUCUACAGGUUAUAAAGGGGGUGAUUUCAAAGCCUAUCAUCUUCAUGAUGAUGAUUGGCAUUGCUGCAAACUUUGCCUUCCACCAAACCGUGCCACCUGUCCUGUCAGGUAUCCUGAAUGUGCUGGGGGAGUCCUUCAGUGCCACAGCCCUGUUCUACCUGGGACUCAGUAUGGUCGGCAAGAUCAGCCAACAGGCUCGCUUUGCCUUCAUUGUGCCAGCUAUCCUGGUGGCAGUCAAGACAUUGCUGCUUCCGUUUGUUGCCCGUGAACUUGUCGUGGGACUCCAGGUCGGCGGUAACGACACCAACAUGACAGAAGAGUUCCGUGACUAUGGCUUCCUGUACGGAACCUUCCCCGUGGCACCUUCUGUCUUCAUCUUUGCCGCCAACUAUGGCCUGGCAACUGAAGUGGUUGGUCCAGGGCUGGUAGUGUGUACCUUCCUGUCUGCACCAGUGAUGUUCAUGUCAGCACAGAUGAGCAGUCUGUCCAUGGACACACAGACAAACCUCAUGGCUCUGGUCACCAGGACAGCGUUCGAUGUCAGCAUCAUUGGACUCAUCUUCUGUGUCUGGGUACUUGCAGUGUUCUUCCUCUCUGGAAAGUUCAAGCAACUUCCUCACAAACUCACCACAUGUCUGGUCAUCUCUCAGGUCCUAGGCUGUGUUGGGAUGAUCCUGUUCUACACACUAGGAUAUACACACAGUGUGAACACCUGGCAGGUCUAUCUCUCAGCCUCGGUCAUGCUGAUCGGAACUAUCAGCUGUCGAACGUGGACAGCAGGGUUGGCUGUUGGGCUGUUCCUACUGAAGAAGGAGGGGACAGACUUUGUCAGCAGGAACAUUGGACUGUUCCAUAUAGCCAGCUGGGGGACACCCAUCCUGCUGACAGGAGUACUGUUCAUAGUCCGUUCCUUUACUGGGACUACCUGUGAACAACCCAUGCACGAUUCCUGUCAGAGGAUCACGAUGACUGGAGUGUUGACAGUGUGUAUACUGGUCACUGUGGGAUCACUGGUAACACUACAGAGACUUGGACACCUCAGAUCAGCUAGACAAGACAACAAAGACUACAGGGAAGUCCCAGGUCCACGCAGGGAGCUGAGAGACCAGUGUCAGAACCAUAACAACUGCUGCACCAAUCCAGACGAAGAGUGUCCCCUGCUGACCUCCACGGAGCCUGGCCUUCAGAGACAAGACCUCCACAGAAGCAGAACUUCUCAGGGAAUCUUCUCCUACCAGUCAUUGUCAUCAGAAUCGUUGAUGCCAGGAGCAGGGGAUGGGUAUCAGUUGGAUGAAGAGGAGCAAGUGUCAGAGUCACAUGACCAUCAAGUAUCCAGACAUGUGGUGCUCCUGAUCUGUCUAACACUGUCCAUGAUCAUUGAGCUGUUCUUAUGUAUCUGGAGGCUGAUAAUGGACAACAUGGAGGGCAUCUAUAUCGAGCUGGAGUUCCUAAAUAGUGUCCUCAACUAUGCUCAGGGAUUUUUUGCAUUUGUUGCAUUUGGUCUGGACACAGAGAUGAUCUUCCAUCCACUCAUCAGGAAGUACGUAGAGAUGAGGAGGUCCUCAUCUCCCAUCAACUCUCCUAACUGAUGACAUCAAGUUACCUGCCAAUCAUCACCAAUGGAAACAAGAAAUCAACUGACUACAAACAUUAUUAAUACCAACAAUCAACCAUACCACUAUGUUACUGAUGAUGUGACACCUAUAGUAUAUGAUCUAUCAAUAAUAACUCUUAGAUUUCAUAUUUUUGUAUACAUUAUCACCAAUAGAAACAAACAAGAAAUCAUCUGAUUACAGCCACUAAGAAUCCCUCACAGUUUCUAGUCCACACCACAGUCUUGUUGCACUGACAAAGGGACACUUUAUAUAUUGACAUCUCCCAGACUCAGUAUUUUUGUAUACAUCAGUAUUAAAAGUUUGUAUAGUAAGCAUCAGGGUGACUCAAGCUAGGUCUGCAUAAUGCAGGAAGACAUUGCAGAUAUCCUGAAAAUAUUCUUUGAAAGUAUUUGCUUAAUUAGUGCCUUUAGCAAUGCAUGGACUGGACAUGUUGAAAAAAAGCAGCUGAAAAUUCCAACCACUUAUUAUAUAAGAAAAGUGCUGGAUUUUGAACUGUGGCCAUACGGGGUAAAAGCAAUAUUAUCAUAUUAACUUGCAAGUCCUUACUGAUGUGAAAAGGAGCUGAAAAUUCUGACCACAUGGUAAGAAAAGAGCUGGAUUCUGAACUGUGGCCACAUGGGGUACAAGCAAUAUUAUUAUUACCUUGCAAGUCUGAUGCAAAAAGGAGCUGAAACUUGUUAGAUGAAGAAGUGCAUAAUGAUGUAGCAAGACUUGAGUCAUGUUUUUCUGGUUAGAGAUGUGACAAGAUAUUAAAUAGGGUAUUUUGUUGCAGUAGGCUAGCAAUAUGAUUGUACAUUUUCUAUUCUACAGAGACAAAUAAAUACAAAGAAGA